GCUCUCACUCUUUGUUUCUCCCCAGUUUCCCCUCCAUUUCUCACCUAUACAUACCUGAGGUACAGCCCGAUUCCUUCUUUCUUCGAAACGCUGCUCUACCUUUGUUCUUCACCUCUAUUCUUUCCCACCUUCACCCACCCCUCAUCUCCACGUUUUCCAUCCAGAAUAAAAAGAGCGACAUCACCAUUUAUUCCCUGCUCUUUUUGCAAUCAUUCCUCAACGAUUCCACGUCUCGUGUCUUGCAUUGAUUCUUAACGCUUCACUUCCCGUGGCAAUAGCUGGGUUCGGUCCCCCCACUGCUACAUAGUAGACAGCUUCCGACCCAUUUCCAUCAUCACCAUGGUGAAGGAGACCAAGCUCUACGACACCCUGGGCGUCAAGCCCGACGCUUCUCAGGACGAGAUCAAGAAAGGAUACAGAAAAGCUGCUCUGAAGUGGCACCCCGACAAGAACAAGGACAACCCCAACGCCUCGGAAAAGUUCAAGGAGUGCUCGCAAGCCUAUGAGAUCCUGUCCGACCCGGAGAAGCGCAAGAUCUACGACCAGUAUGGCCUCGAGUUCCUGCUGCGCGGUGGUGCCCCCCCGCCUGAGGGCGCGACUCCAGGUGCCAACCCGUUUGCCGGCGCCGGCGGCAUGCCUGGUGGCUUCGCCGGCUUCGACUUUGGCGGCGGCAUGCCGGGCGGCGGCGGUGCCAGGACCUUCCACUUCAGCACCGGCGGCGGCGGCGGCAAGGGCUACAACUUCAUGAACCCCGAGGACCUGUUUGCAGAGUUCACGCGCAGCGGCGGCAUGCACACCGGCGGCGGCGGCGACGAUGACGACUUUGGCUUCUUCUCGUCGUUUGGCGGCGCCGGCGGCCCGCGGCCAAGCCGGACAAGGACGAGGUCCAACUUUGCCGAUGCGCAGCCCCGGCGCGAGCCCACGCCCGAGAUUACGACGGUUGAGCGGCCCCUGCCCCUGACUCUGGAGGAGCUGCACAGCGGAACUACGAAGAAGAUGAAGAUCAAGCGCAAGACGUUUGAUGAAACUGGCAAGCGCGUGCAGACCGAUCAGAUCCUCGAAGUACCCAUCAAGCCUGGCUUGAAGAAGGGUUCAAAGAUCAAGUUUAACGGAGUUGGUGACCAAGUCGAGGGUGGUAGACAGGAUCUGCACUUUAUUGUCGAAGAGAAAGAGCAUCCCUUGUUCAAGCGAGAGGACAAUGACGUCGUGCACACGGUCACUCUGGACUUGAAGGAGGCCUUGACCGGAUGGAAGCGGGUGGUCUCGACCAUUGACGGCAAGCAGAUCAGCAUAGAAAAGGGCGGCCCCACGCAGCCCGGCAGCGAAGAUCGGUAUCCCGGACUGGGCAUGCCCCUGUCGAAGAAGCCCGGCCAGCGCGGCGACUUUAUCGUCCGGUACAAGGUCAACUUCCCUACGAGCCUGACGCCAGAGCAGAAGCAGAAGCUCAAGGAGAUUUUGUAAGAGUUGCAAUGGGAUGCUCUUCAAACGCUUGCUUGCAAUGCCUGAAAGAGUUUCAACACUAAAACGAUACGCAAAAAAUCGACACAAAGACAGAGAGGGCUUGGUAUGCGGGACAUGAACAGGACCUCGAGAACCGAGCCGCGCGACCCUUUGUGCACAAGGUCGGGACUGAAUGCCCGCGCAACCAGGCACACCCUGACAGCCGUUACAUGCCGCUGACGAUGACGAUGAAAGCCGGCGUGUUUUCCACUGUUUCCUUUUUGCUUUUUUUUUCUUACUGUUUUGUUCCUUUCUGCAAUCACCUUUUGUAAUGACAAGAGGCAUUGACUUUAGGAGUAGAGGCGUUUAGGGAUGCAUUACUGGCAGAGUUCAAGGCACGCGGUGGAUUUCUCUGUUGACGCGAGUGAGACGAUAUCACCCAGGAUUUUGUAGCCGAGCAAGUGCGAUGGAUUGAUACACAGUACAAUGAUGUCGAAGCCGGUGUUGCGGUGAUACAGCACCGGGGGGGUUUGGUUUGACAGCGGAGGAAAAUGUCAUUGCUUUUGAUACAC